AAGACAAGACACCGCAAACUCCAAAACAGGAAACUGAAUCCAGAGAAGAUGAAGGCUACUGCCUUUCUGUUGGUAUCACUGUGCUUCUACAGUCUGUAUGUGGCACAAGACGAUAUUCAGAAGAUUAAAAAUUAUAAUGAACAGACAUCAGUUGGCUCAUUCAAUCCUGACACAUGGAAGCUUCUAAAAGACUUUGGUGCCAUGGAGGAGAAACUACGCACUACAGUGGAAAGACUGGCAGCCAUGGAAACCAAAAUUGAGGAAAUGAAGAAUAAGGAGAGAACCAAUGUGUUUUUUUCGGCUGCCCUAGGAGGGACUGGUCACACUGGGCCAUUCGACCAUGACACCACCCUGAUCUACAAAACUGUAAUCACUAACAUCGGCAGUGCCUACAACCCAAGCACAGGUGUAUUUGUUGCUCCUGUUCAAGGGGUCUACCACUUCAUCUUCUUCUACCAUGCGGGAGGAAAUCAGAUCAAAUACAUUUCCCUAUUUAAGAAUGAAGAGCUGAUGGCCAGUUCAUAUGACCACAAGUCUGACCAUGAUGGCGCCGACAACGGAGGAAAUGCUGUCAUCAUCCAUCUGGAGGUUGGGGACCGGGUCUACAUGCGUCUCAAGGCAAACGCACAUGUAUGGGACUCCAUCAACCUCACAACCUUCAGUGGCUUCCUGCUCAGCCAAAUGUGAUUAAAUGUCUGUAGCGCCGCGUUUAGCUCUACAGAUUUGGUGAUAUUGUGAUAUAAAACAAUCAGAUGACAAAAAAUCUAAUCAUGUAUCCUAAUGAAUAGUGUCUUUUAUAUAUUACUGUGUAUGCAAUAAAUCACAAGCCGCCAAUAAUGUAAUAACUA